CUCAGGUCUGAGCAGGUGUUUCCCAGUUCAGCCUUUUUUUUUUUUUUGUCCUUUUUUGUGUGUGUGUUCGUGUGUUGUAAACGGAAACUGUAACGUUAAUUUCCUGAAACACAACGAGUUACAUUUCGUCCAAACCAUGAAUGUCUUCAGGUGCUCAUUGGAAAUGUAUUAAAGUCGAACGCUUGCGUUAUUCUCUGGAAUUAUAAACUAACGCUGAAAGUUGACCAGAAAUGCUGAUAUUUGUCCUCCUGUUGUGUCACUUCACUUUAUGUGGACACUGUGUGUGUGUUAGAAAAACCCUACAAACACCAGAUCAAGACAGUAAAGUGUUUGUUGUGGACCAGGAGGCCAACACAUUUUUAGGACGUCGCCUGUUGUUGAACCGCUUCGACUUUGAGAUCCUGACCCCAGGUAAUCUAGAACGAGAGUGCUACGAGGAGGUGUGCAGUUACGAGGAGGCUCGGGAAGUCUUUGAGAAUAUCCCUGAUACAGAUGACUUUUGGAAGAAAUAUAAAAAGGAUCAGGGUGAAUCCCAAUCAAAAGUUGAUGUGACAGCACUGCUGGUGGGCAUCAUCACAGCUGGAGUCUUUAUUGUUAUAGUUGGCCUCCUGAUCUGGUACUUCUGCCAGGGGAGGAAUAAAGACUAUGGCUUCCGAGGUUCAUUCCGACGUCGAUCCAACCGAAGCAAUGCCUCAGUGAUCAUCCGGAGACUGGAGGAGGUCUCUCUGCACCCUAUUCCUCACACAGACACCGAUGCCAGCCCAGAUGCUCACGGUUUACCUUCUUAUGAACAAGCCAUCGCCAUCAAUGGACCACAUGAUGCCCCACCUCCGCCGUAUCCUGGUUCCAGGCCAGGCAGCAUCCGACGAUAACCAUAUCAUCAUUUUCCGAACUGAAUCCGGAUGGACUAAACCACUUUUUCUUGACUAUGAACUGAAAAUGUGUUAAACCAAAGGCAUUUGGAUUUAUUACACUGGAAUAAACCACUAAUAUUAAGCUGCAUUGCAGCGUUUGGUCUUAUUAGGAAAUAAUUAUAAUCACUGAACAUUUCUAGAUAGUGUAGAUAGUUAGAGCUACCUAGAAAGAUAACCUUUAAACCUAAUCGCCAUUUUUAUUCUUUCAAGUGUUUAUUUAAAACUAUAACCAGUUUUAUAUUAAUAACUGUUACAAUAAAAGACAGAUCAUAGUGUUUUAUAUAA